AUGGCUUGCUGUUUAUUGAGGACAGUUAACAUACCAAAGGAAGUACUAGAAUGGGACUAUGAUGCUCGAUCUAGAUACGCAGCAUGCGCGAAGAAAGGAACUCAAACAAUGCAUAGAGCUCGUGCAAUGAUUGUUGGCUGUGCGGGAGCUGGAAAAACUACACUUCUUAGGCGACUGCAGCAACAAAGUAUUCAGGAAUUACGAGAAAUAAAGUCGACCGUAGGGCUGGAGGUGUAUGACAACUUAUUUGAAAUCGACAGGGAUCGUAAAUGUUUAAAAGGUCUGGAGGAAGAUGUUGAUACAGAAAAUAAGUGCCUACUAAGUGUUGUAGAUUUUGCUGGCCAGUGUGCGUAUUACGCCUGUCAUCAGGUCUAUCUCAGUAGAAGAGCUUUUUAUCUUCUUGUGAUCGAUAUGUCAAAAAGGUUUGAUGAAAAAGUUGAUCAAACAUUGUGUGAACAGGAAGGAACCAUGUUUGCAGACUGGACAUUUGGGGAAUAUGUCCUUUUUUGGUUGAAAUCUAUCCAUACCUACUGCGAAGAUGACACUCCAGUUGUUACCAUAGCAACCCAUUCUGACGAAGUGCAAGAUAUGGUUAACAGAUCAAUUUAUGAUGAUUUACUGGAGCUCCUGAAGUAUGAGCCUGAUCUGAGAAAACAUCUUGACCGAGAGCACUGCUUCCACAUUGGGUUUCCUAAGGAUGAUAACGAACCAUUGGAUAAACUUACCGAUAUAGUAGAAUGCAUUGCUUCCAUCGCUUUGGAAGAUCGUUGGAGAGAGAACAUUCCGAAGGAUUGGGCAUAUUGUGAAGUAAUUUUAAGACAAAACAAGCAAAAUGGGAAAAAAAUCAUUUCAGUCACAGAUUUUAGAAAACAAGUUUCAAUUAAAAAAUUUGGAAAAGGAAAUGAGACAUUUGAUGUGCUAAUGUUUUAUCAUGAUAUUGGGGCAAUUCUGUAUUACAACGAAGAUCACUUAAAAGCUAGCGCAAUAACAGAUGUGCAAUGGUUUGUUGACUGUUUUAAAUAUAUUAUAACAGAUCCAAAGCAUGCCAGGGACCUUGUUGAGAAUGACAAAGAUUGGAAAAACUUUUUUGAAAGUGGCUAUUUAUCUACAAAGCUAUUAACAGGGAUUUGGAAGAAAAAAGACAUGGUACCAAGAAAAUGUAACUCUACCUUGAAGUAUAUGCAACGAUUGGGCUUGCUUGCUAAGGGUCCAAAAGCGCAUUAUGUCCCUUGCAUGAACAAAUUAGACUUUGAAGAGAAUUUGAAAGAUUAUAUAACAACGUUGGAACAGAAAACAUCUGUUUUAGUUUUCAAUUUCCGGUUCCUGCCAUAUUUCUUUUAUUUUCGUCUCAUAGUAGCCUGUAUAGUCAACACAGAGUGGACUGUUAUUGAAGACAAUGGACAGAAGUGUUUGUUUAAAAACAUCGCUUUAUUUUUGUUUGAAGAACACAUGAUAGGUGUAGCUGUUACUACAUCAGCGAUACAGGUUCAAAUAUUUAGACAGGGAAAUAGGCAGCUCAGUGGAGAAAUUACUAUGAAAAUAAAGAAAACGAUGGAAGAUGUCCUUGAGCAGAUGACGAAAAACUUCCACAAAAAAACACUGUAUGAGAUCGGUUAUCAGUGUUCAAAGCAAAACGUAAUAGAAGAAGAUGCUCUUUGCUUCAUUUCAGAGAAAGAGUUGAUUGGUAGAGGAGAAUUUAGUUGUCCCAACCAUGGACUGAAGAAUCAUCAUAUCAUUAAAGAAAAAAAACUGCUUCUCUUUUGGAAAUAUGAUUCUGACAAUAAAGCAAAUCCGGAGGACUGCACAACAAAUGCACCCAUUGGAAAAUUACCAACUCAAAAUUACGACAUAUUUUCACAACUGAUAGAUAUAGCCAGAAAAUCGCUUCAAAUUUAUUUCGACAAGAUUUUCCCUUCAAAAGACGUUGUCUCGAUAUUCACGAAAAACAAAGUCGAUAUGGAACAUGGGCAAUACAAAUUCAACAAAGAUCAACUUGCUAUUCUAUUUCCGGCCAAUGGAACUAGUCCAUCUUCUUCAGCGUUUGACGUGACGAUUAUGUAUAAACUUUUGAGAAACUACGGACCAAAUGUUCAGGAUCCACUGGUAGGCUGGGGGAACAAACCAGAGGUAGGGAAGAAAAGUGAAACGGAUGAUGUCGAACGGAUACGAUAUUACAGAAACAAGUUUGCACAUCCAACAGACAAAACAAUGGACCAGGAGGAACUGGAUAUUUUCUGGAAGGAUUUAUCUCAGAGAGCCUGAGCUCUAGGAUUUUGAAAUAAGAUUUGUUUUAAAGUGUGUAAGUAUUGAUCUGACCUGUGAAUAUUU